AUGCUUGUAUCCUUGCUGCAAGGGAUUGUUAUUUGCUCGGUUACGUGGUUCCUGUGGAAGUACUUCCGGCAGGUCUUCGUCAAAUCACCCCUCGACAAUGUUCCUGGCCCUGCCGCGGAGUCAUUCAUCUAUGGAAACCUUCGUCAAAUUCUGGACAGGAAUGGCUGGGACUUCAUCAAGAGUUUGGAGUCUUACGAUGGUGUUGCCAAACUACACGGUCCUCUUGGUCACCGGAUGCUAUUCGUUUUCGACCCAACCGCGUUGCAUAGUGUCAUUGUCAAAGAUCAGUACAUCUACGAGGAAGCCGCAUUUUUCAUCUCGUCCAAUCUCCUCAACUUUGGUCCCGGAUUGCUCUCAACUCUGGGGGACCACCAUCGCAAGCAACGUAAACUACUCAACCCCGUGUUCUCCAUCGCCCAUAUGCGACGCAUGAUUCCUAUAUUCAACGAUGUUGGCCUCAGACUGCAAAAGGCUAUCGAAUCGCGUGUCAGCCCCCAAGGCGACCCCGUAGAGCUGGAUAUGCUCACUUGGAUGGGUCGCACCGCCCUCGAGUUGAUCGGCCAGGCUGGAUUGGGCUAUUCCUUUGACCCGCUUGUCACCGACAAGCCCGAUGACUUUGCAAUUGCGGUCAAGAAUUUCUCGCCCGCAGCAUUGGAAACCACCCUUCUACGCCGCCUGUUGCCGUACGUUUCCGAGUUUGGGUCGCCGGCUUUCCGUCGCUGGGUCGUGGAGAGGUUCCCGCACAAGGGCGUGCAGAAGCUCAAGUCGGUUGUUGACGUAAUGAAUUACCGCUCCAUAGAGAUAUAUCGUUCGAAGAAGCAGGCUCUGGAGCAAGGUGAUGAAGCCGUUGCCCGGCAGGUCGGCGAGGGCAAGGAUCUGAUGAGCAUCCUUCUGAGAGCUAACAUGGCGGCGUCGGUUGAGGAUAGGUUGCCGGAGGAGGAGAUCGUUGGCCAAAUAGCCACGUUCAUCUUCGCGGGAAUGGACACGACUUCCAACGCCCUCGCCGUUACGCUCUCCCUCCUAGCACAACAUCCUGAGGUCCAGGAGAAGCUGCGUAAUGAGAUCUUGGAAGCCCACAAAGGCGAUGUCUUUGACUACGACAUGCUCGUGUCUCUUCCUUAUCUUGAUGCAGUCUGUCGCGAAAGUUUGCGUGUCCAUGCUCCAGUUUCAAACCUGUUCCGCGAGACUCGUCAGGACGUGGUACUACCCCUGUCGAAGCCUAUCCGUGGCGUUGAUGGCACGAUGAUACAUGAGAUAUUCGUCCCGAAGGAUACGGUUGUCGCAAUCGGUCUACUGGCGUCUAACCGAAGUAAGGCGAUCUGGGGCGAGGACGCAGAGGAAUGGAAGCCGGAACGGUGGCUGUCGCCCUUGCCCGAGAGCGUCGCUGAAGCUAAGGUCCCCGGCAUCUAUUCCAACCUGAUGACCUUCUUGGGUGGUGGCCGCGCUUGCAUUGGUUUCAAGUUCUCACAGCUCGAGAUGAAGGUUAUUCUGUGUCUGCUGCUCUCUAAGUUUACCUUCACGCCGUCCGAUAAGAAGAUUCACUGGAACCUGUCCGGUGUUCGUUUCCCGACGGUCGACGGCAGCCCGAAGCCCUCUAUGCCCAUGAAUGUGGCAUUAUACAAGGGUUCUGUGCAUGCCUAA